AGAGACACUGGUCGACACAAGUGUAAUUGUAUCAUCAAUUAUCGUUUUCUUUACCAAGUGCGAAGGAAGGAUAAACAAUGAUAUAACUAGACUUGCGUCAAUUUGUUGGCGUUUUCGAUUUGCUGAUUCAACCCGACUCGGGUAGUGCUCGAGUAAUCUACGCAGUACCGUAAUCUAUAGUUCAAGUUACGUAUAGUUUGCAAUACCGUAGCGAUUAGCGGAGUGACGCUGCCGGAGUCGGAUCGAGUUGUCAAAUCGAAAACGCUAUGUGUCUCUUGCUGGAAAGCAAUCUCAGGCGGGCAUUAACGGAAGCACCCAAUGGCGAGAUAUUCGUUUGCCUGUCGUGGAAAGCAGCCAAUACGAGAGGCGCGUAAUCACUUCGUUGUGAAUCAUCUUUACGAGCGGACGUAACGAAGCUAAAGUAUCUAGCUCGUAUUCGUUAAUUAAUGAUAAAAGUACGCUUGUUUUACGGUGUAAGCCGCGGAAAAUGUCGCGUAUUGUAUCUCGCACGUGAUAACGUAGAGCUUUCGAUAGGGGUUCAGGGUAACGAUACAGGAGUCGCGUCGAGUCCACGACGGACGUUUAUUUGAAUCACAUUCCUCGUGCGUGGCUCACAUCUCGUCCUUGUAAACAUGGUGUUUGGACUCGUCGGAAUAAUUGUUUUUUUCCGCAAGAUCGAUUAGCGGGCGCGAAUUUUGCGAAUAACACUGCGGCCGAGCCGCGCGCGCGAUUUACGCCACGGAACCGGCGUGCUAUGUGAUAUUCACCGGAACCGGGGGAAAAGUAUGGACGCAUAUUUGCUGCACGGAAACUGCACGAUUUAGCGAUAAACUUGGGCAACCAAUCCCGGUACCUUACCAUGGAACAGCCGGACACAACACAAAUACAGGUUCUGAAAUCCGAAGGACUAACCACUGAUGUCGAUGUCCAAUCGAUCCAUGUCACGGAGAUCGUCAUUGAUGAGGAUACAAAAACUGCUGCUGCUGCUGCUACGGAAGAUGGCCGAGAUUCGUCAGUUGUGUGCGAGCCACAGCCGCAAGCUAUCCUGUCAGCGGAUAAUGUCCAUAGUAACGUAGAAUCUAAGUCAGAAGAUAGUGCGGACGUGAGCAACAGCGAAGUAUUAUCCGGCGAUGUUCACAAUGACGCGACUGAUAACUUGAAGCACGAUUCGGUGCAACAGAAGCCGGAGGCAUACGUCCUGGAAGAGGAACCUAUCGAGGUCUACGAGCAUAUUAAGGAUGAAGUGAACAAUUCAACUUACGAAUUGGAGUCCUUGUCAAACGAGGAAGACCAAAGCCUAAAUGUGAUAACCGAGUCUAAAGUAGUAAAGGAGGAGAAGAAGGAUGCGAUACACGUCGCUGAUAUAAGCGGCGACUCUAACGUAGUGGAAGAUGCCAAUCAAUCGGAAGUUGUAGAUAAGCGGUGUCCCGAGCUGGACAAACCUGUCAGCGAGCACUCCGAGACGCAGAUUAGCGACGAAUCGGCCGGGGAGACGAUCAAGGAGUUACACGAGAACGACAGUAACCAGAAUAGCUCGAUAGUAACGAACGCCGAACUGACCAAAUUAGUAAACGACGAGACGGAAAUAGUGGUAGUGUUAGAAGAGACUAUCCCGGACGUGGACGCAGCGACGGACAGUUUCGUCAUCGACUUGUGCGACAAGGACGCCGGCAAGGAGUGCAACCAGAAGACGACGGGCGUUCCGCAGGAGAAGAAGUCCCCGGAGCUCGGCGAUUCAAUCGACCGCGGCCAGGAGAGCGACGACAGCGCUAUAAUAGAGGUGAUCGCGACGGAGCCGGUGCGGAGCAGCGAGGAGUGCGCGGCUGCGAGCGAUAAAUGUGAUAAGGAAAAUGCGAAGGUAACCGAGAACGAGGCAGCGACUGACGGAAGUACGAAGGGAGAGGAGAGUGGCAGAAGUCUGACGAACUCGUUGAGCAAGAAGGACGACGCACCGGUGCUCGGCACCGUCCUCGUCAUAGACGAGGAGAUCACGAUUACCGAGGACGUCGGCCCGCCGGCGCCGAGUGCACCGAGACUUGAAAACGAACGCACACCGAGCACCGAGAGCAAAGAGGCGGACUCGACGAGGAAGAGGAGCGUCAUCCAGGACAUUUUCGACGACUGGGGCGUCGAGAACACGGACGAGGACGCGCAGUCGAGCUCGAAGGAGCACGACUCCGUGGAGAUCGAGCUGAAGAGCCUGUUGGACGAGGCCAAGCCGGAGCAGCCUCCGAGCAAGCCUCCUCAAGCGGCCCUCGAGGAGACGGCCGCGAGCGAGAAGAGCGUAACGAGGAAGCCGGCCGGGCAAACGGAGAAUCAAAAGAAGAGUAAGACUGCCGCGAACCCGGACGCGCCGUCGUUGAACGAGAAGGACUCGCCGAGAGGUUCGCGCGCGUUCAACGCGACGCUGCAGCACACCGCGAAGAACCGCUCCCGCCACCUGACCAGUCAGGUAGCGUCCUCGGCGGAGGUGACGGAGGUGUUGAAGGAGCGUUUUCGCGAGAAGCAGAAGGUCGUGGACGCUCCGCGCUCGCCCGACAUAUUCUUCGUGAAAAAGCUCACGCAGCGGCUGUCCAGCAAACUGGCCGGCAACCCGAUACCGUCACUGCCACAGCAACCUGCCCCACCCUCUUCCACACCCGCACCACCGACGGUGGAGAACUGUGAUAGGAACGCGACGACGAUCAAGGACGGCAAUUCCGACAACAAGGAGCUGUUGGCCAUCUUGGAGGGCGACGUCGAUCCCGACUGGGCCAUCCUGAAGCCCCCGACCCUCACCGAGGAGAGCAAGGCACCAACGUCGAACGUCGAGCACUCCGAUUACACCGUCGGCCCGCCGAAACUCGACCCCCUGGUCGAGCGGGAGAUGGCGCUGAAGCAGCUCCUGGAGUUGCCGGUCUCGUCGUCCAAGAAGACCGGGACGCGGAAGAAGAAGACGUUCAAGCCGGCGCCCGGCAGGGCGUCCAAGGACGCCGCCGAGGCGAAGAGCCCUUUGGCGCAGGGCGCGAAGAACGCGCGCGCGAACGAGGAGCGCACGGAGCAGAUCGACCUGGAGCCGGCGCGCGAGCGGAGCAACAGCCCGAAGGAGCAGGACGUCGGUCAGGCAGCGCGCGCCGAGGAGUCGAGGUCGGGUAGGAAGCGCAAGCUCACCGAGAAGGCGAGGGAGCACGAGCAGCAGACGACGAUGAAGCGGCAGAAGGUGUACAAGGGUAAAGUCGCGCUCAGGAAGCAGGACGGCAACGUCGCGUCCGACGAGGGCUCGGCGAACGAAGCCCAGGCCGAAGCGGACGGUGCGUUGGAGAUGCCGAGCGUCGACGCGAAGGAGCCGGACGGCGAGCGGUUCGACGGCAAGGCGGCGGAGCCGACUCUGAGCAAGCCCGAGAACUCGCCGCUGAGACGGCCGAAGCAGAGCCUCGCGAAGAAGGGCUCGCAGCCGAUCACCAAGAGGAAAGUCGUGGUGAAGAAGCUGCUGCGCCAGAAGAUCACGCCCAACAAGAAGCAGGUGAAGCUGAAGGCGAAAUUAAGCCCGCCUUCGCCGAAGAAGACGCCCUCCCCCAAAGUGAUACCGAAGUCGCAGAAACGAACGGCGAGCGAGAGCGCGUCCAGCGACGCGAAGCCCAAGAAGAAGAACAUCAACGAGAUCGACAGACUGCUGCAGGACGAAGGCGUGGUGAACCUGCUGUACGACGUGGAGCAGCCGGACAAGAAGAAGCGUCUGGUCCCGAUCACCAAGUCGCGGGCGAAGGUGAUGGAUCUGCAGAAGGUGCAGCGCGAACUGAAGAUCCGGAAGAAGCUCGUGCGCAACGCCGUGCUGCGGUUGCGCACCUCGUCCGGCAGCGUGACGAAGGUGUCGCCGAGGUCGAAGAGAACGGCCCAGCCGAGCGACGCCGCGGACAAGAAGAGCACGGCGGAACAGCUGACGUCGCCGAAGGCCCCGAACGCCGCCUCGCCCACGGAGUUUAUCCUCCCGGCGAAGAUCAGGAACGCCGCCGAGGCGUCCAUCAUCGUCAGGAGGCAUUCGUCGAGCUCGUUCUCGAGCGCGUCCGGCAGCCCCAGGGUCAGCGUCGACACGCCGGACAAGCCCGCCGGCGAGGCCGCCAAGUCGACCGACGACGGCGCGGUCCACUCGCUGAGGUCGUCCGCGAAGAGGCGGCAUUCGCAGGACGAGAAGGUCAGCGUGAAGAAGAGCAAGAAGAAAGCGGAGAAGCCCGACGCCGUCGACGCCGGCGUCACCGCCACCGCCGCUGCUAGUGUCACCGCUUCCACCACCACCGCUACCGCGAGCACGACCACCGCCAACAGCGCGGAGGAGAAAGGAGCGGUCGCCGCUGUGCGUCCGAGUAAGAAGUCGGAAAUCAAAAAAGUCGCCAGCAAGCAGCAGGAACAUAUCCCGCCGGUCGAGAACAGCGUCACGUCGAGUAAAGUGACGACGAGGUCGAACGGCGCGGCAACGGGGAAGGUAACCGCCAAGAGCAAAAGAGCCGUGAAGAGCAAGGUGAGCUUCGUCAAGCCUAGCGAAGCCGAAAGUCCGGAGGAUUCUUCCAAGGAGGAGGCCGAGUUGUCGGCCUGCCUCGCCGAAGCCGCCACCGCUCUCGCGAUCGUCAAUGCCGGCCGGUCUGGGAAUAACGCCAACACUCGAAAGAGCAAAGUAAGUACAAGUAUCGUGAAAAUGUUGGAAUUAGGUAAUACCAAAACCGAGGCGCCAGGUCAAUUCCGCAAUAAGGAGAUAAAUGUACGACGGCACGGUAAUCUUGUGCAAUUAAUACUUACGCCAUCCUCAUCGACGAGAGUAAGGAACGCCCUGACGUUGCAGGUGAUGCAGGAGUUCAGAGAGGCUCUCUCGAUAUUAAACAGAGACGACAAAUGUAGGGUAGUACUGUUGACUUCUACGGGCACGAGUUUUUGCGAAGGUCUCGAGCUCUCGACGUUAUUACGCUCGAAUAAAGAAGAACGGCGGACUGUCACGCAGGAAUUAGCGCACGCUGUCAAAGACUUCAUUAAAAGUUUAGCUACCUUUAACAAGCCUAUAGUGGCCGGCGUACAGGGGGCUGCAAUUGGACUCGGUGUGACCAUGUUACCCUUAUUCGACCUCGUGAUCGCCAGCGAUAAGGCGACAUUCUGUACUCCUUACGCGAAAUUAGGCCAGAUCGCCGAAGGAGCCGCCGUCUACACUCUUUCGCACAUACUGGGCAGCCCAGUUACGAGCGAGCUUCUGCUGGGUGGAAGAACGCUGACAGCCAGCGAGGCGUUAAGAGCGGGCCUCGUAACGCGAGUUCUAUGGCCCGAUCGAUUUCAAGCAGAAUUGGUACCAUCGUUACGGGCCAUGGGUGAGCAAUCGUCACAGUCUAUGGAAGCAACCAAGGCUCUACUACGUCACAGCCUACGGAAAAAGUUAGACGCCGCACUCGAGUCGGAAACGUACCUGUUGAUACAGCAAUGGUGUUCCGCCGAGUGUCAGACUGCUAUAAAAGCUUAUAUUGAUGGAAAAAUUCAAUAGACAAUGGUAAGUACUUCCGAUUCGCGCGAAGAGAAUCACGAGUUGCAAUAUUUGUUCAGGGUAUUGUGCGACUAUUUAUCGUGGAUGGUUAAUUUCCAGUGCAACUACUACCAAUAUAUUGUGACCCAACAAUCUGUGUUAGAAAUCGGGAAUGACGAUUUGUGAAUAAUACAAAUAUACGUGUAAGGUCAAAAAAAAGCAUAUACUUCUGGUGUAACAUUCUACGUCAACGCACGAUAUUUUAGAUAUAAGAUAUUGAAUCACUCUCAAAAACAGAUGGACUAUUUUACUAUUAGAGAUCAUUUAGAUAUAAAUUUAUUAUAUAUAAAAAAAUAUAUUAUAAAUAUAUACAAAUACUUUUCCGCAGUAUGUUAUUAUUGUUAGGUUAAAAAUAAAAUUACAUUCUGUAUUGAUUGUAACUGUAUCUUCGGUGGACUAAAUUUGCUGGCUAGCAAAACUUUUGCGACAUCUCCGCAAGAUAUCAAUUCAACAUAAAUGUAUGUCGUUCUGUUGGUUUGUAAUAAGGUGUAAGAUUUUGUAAACGGCCUCGUAAAAGGUGUUAUAAAGAGAGAAGAUCCAAAAGUUGCUGGUUUUUAACUUUAACAUAAUAACUUUCUUACAUGUGUGACAAAUACGAUAACUUCGAGUAAGAUUAUGAACGUUUCGCCGGUAACUUGGUAAAAACUAGAAGCAAUAAGAAGAAAACUAAAAACAAAAAAUCUGUUAAUUGUGUCGUAUCCAGGAGAAGUUUAGAUUUUAUAUUGGCAUACUUCACUGCUCAAGAUGUUAAACGAGAAACAAAAGAACAUCUACUAUAAUUUUUCCAUCUAAAGCAAUAUAUUUGUACGAGUGACAUAUUUUUGUAAAAUUGACAAGUAUUUCUAUAC